UCGCAGGGGCCACAGUGUUUUGGCUGACGUAGCUAUGCUGCGCGGCCGCCUCCCCUGCGACGAAUGUUAUCAGAGAUAUGGCCUGGCGUUUGGUGUCCCUUGCACACUUCCUGGAGAUGACUGCUAAUGUCUGGGCACAAGACGACCGAUGGAGGAAUUACCGGAGAUGGAGCAGACCCGACAAGACUGGAGAGGAGAUAUGGGGUGAUGAAGGCUCAUGGAAAUCACGUCCAGGACACGGAGGCAGUCUACCUCGACCACUAUGAGGUGCAGGGUGACCUGCGCUGCAGGAGGCGCCUCGUCUUCCCUCCGGCGGUCGCCCAAGCUACCAGAGCCGAGCCGCUUGUACUGCUGCUGGUGGAGGCGAUCGAGGCGGAGGCGGCGGCGGCGGAGGAGGAGGGAGCCCAGGAGGAGAAGGCGGCAGCGGAGGCUCCUGUCCAGGCUGAAGCGGACGCCACGGGAGGAGCUCAUGCUGGCGGUGAAGCAGCCGGGGGAGCGGAUCUUGGUGCUGAGUGAACAGCCUCGGGUGGCUAUGCGGCGGCUGAGAAAGCGUGGUGAGUUGCUAAUCACAUUUGUGGCGCGUUUGUGGUACAUUUUCUAUGGCGCAUCUUUUAUAGAAGAACUUAAAUUCUUCCUGUUAGUCGGAGUUCCAGUCCUUGGGUGACUGGUGACUCUCAUGCCUUCAAUAAGAAACUGAAUUACGUGUGAUGCCAUUUGACUGACAUAAAUUUGGUCAUUGCAGUAAAAUUUGAGAUCCGCAAACAAAGUGAUUAAUUCAACAACUUUUACUUCUUCCAA